AUGUGUCGUACUCUGCCGCCAAAAUACCGCCGAGGCCCUGGCCAACCCAGGCGCGCCGGCGAAGGGUCGCCGUCCCACACGCGCCGCUGCCAUCUCCUGCCCAACCGCUUCUGCGACGUCCUCCCCCGCGCGCUUCAUCGCCUCCGCCUCCUCCACGAGCUCGACCUCAGCAACAACCGCUUCGUCGGCCCGUUCCCGGACGUCGUCCUGGACCUCCUGGUGUGGGACGCGCUCUCCAAUGAAGAGACAAUGCAAAUCGUGGCAUAUAUCGAAGUACAAAGACUAACAUCUGCUUCUACUGUACUAAGGAGGGUGUUGGAUAAUCCAGCACUCCAGGACUGUCAAGAGAAUAAUGGAUUUGGACACAUGAUGGAUGAAGAUGUUAUAAACAAUAUUUCAACCUGCAUUGUGGUGAAUUUUGCAGGUGUGCAAGACAGGGAUCACAAAUUCUUGACAAAAACAGUGGAAGAAGCAUACCGAGGAGUCGAUUGCGGUGACGGAGGUCUAUUUGGAGCAGUUGUCAUCCGCAAUGAUGAAGUGAUAGUUAGCUGCCAUAACAUGGUUCUGAAGCACACUGACCCUACUGCGCAUGCUGAAGUAACUGCAAUUAGAGAGGCUUGCAAAAAGCUCGGGAAAAUCGAGCUCUCUGACUGCGAAAUUUACGCGUCCUGCGAGCCAUGCCCAAUGUGCUUUGGUGCAGUUCAUCUCUCCCGAAUCAAGAAGCUGGUUUAUGGGGCCAAGGCGGAGGCUGCCAUCGCCAUUGACCUGCAAUGCACUACUCUCUUAUGAUCAUGCGUGUACUGCCACAUUCUGAUACGAGUACUCAACUUUAAAUUAAUCAAUCUACUGUAAGUCACAAAUUUUUUGAUAAAAUUUCUUCCUAGCUGAUAACCAUUUUUAUGUCACAUUCCAGAUGAACCACUUCCAGAGUUCCUGUUACUUACUCUUACCAGGAUGGGACUGGGCACAAGAGAGUUAUCCAUGUUAAUUUCUAACAAAUGAUGAACAUGCUUAUUAUUUGCUUCUCGGAGUUUUUUAUAUGUGGACUAUACAAUGAAAACACAACCUAUCAUGAUGCCAGGUCCUUUAAGGUGACACCAAUGGAGAAUUCCUAAUGGCUAUGCAACAACAGCUUGUCCAUGAAAUUCGUGAAGUAUGGACAACUUCACUUGAGAAUCUACUUUAUAUGAAGGAAGACCUUAUCAUCCCUCAUGGAUGUGUUCAUUCUCUUGUAAUCUACGAAGUUCUGUUAAAGUUAGUCGAACCAUUUUCUGAUUCUAUGUUCUCUCAUUUGUUUGACAACAACACAUCUUUUAUG